UGAGACUCAGUUUGAUUCAGUGACACGAACGGAGUCAUCAUCAUCUUUAUCUUCAUCAUCAUCACUGUAACAGCUUUGCGAACACUUUUCACUCACUGGAAACGUGCAUCAUUCCCAGCGAGGAUCGCACAGCUGAAAGUCUGUGGGAAGUUUGCUGGGCAUUAUAUAUUUGGGAUUUCUUUGGAUCUGCGCGUCUGUGAACUUCAUCCGAGCGCGUCACGAUGUGUCACCAGAGCUGGUUGUGGUUUCUCGGUGCGCUGCUGCUGGGCUUCUGCGCUCGCGCCAUUGGGGAUCAUGAAUGCGAGCAUUGCUCCAGGCUGGAGCUCGAGCUGUGCGGCGGACCGGACUGGACUCUGGGCUUCUGCGGAUCCGGACUCACCUGCGCGGCGCUCAACAGAACCGGACCGGCGCGCGCACCUGAGACAGGUGUCUGCAGAGCGGUACCCGAUGAGACGGAUGCGGGCGAGGAAGACGAGCGCUGUCCGCUGGUGAGCGGCUGUGAACGUGUGGACGGACAGUGUGUGUGUGGAUCCAAACACUCCUGCAUCCGGACCUACAGCUUUCCCGACAGAGACGCCUGCGUGCGUGCUGGGAAAACAGGUUCUCGCCGUCACACACACAGACACAGGUUUGUGGGUCCCGUGAACCCGGCGUGUGUGUUUUCUGGCUGUAAUCUGACGGCGGACGGCUGUGUUUGUUCGUCUCAGAGCUGCGACGAUCACUUCACGUAUACCAACCGCAGUCAGUGCCAGCGAGCCGCAGGUAACACAGCGUUUCCAGCACAUUCACACUUUUCUUUUGGUUUUUUUUGUAACGGGAAGGAGUUUGCGGAGGGCGAGGUGUACCGUAUGGACCCCUGCUGGCUGUGUCAGUGUCGAGGCGGAGUGUCGUUCUGCUCUAAAGCCGAGUGCACAGAGAUAGACUGCCUGAACUUCUACGUUCCUGAAGGAGAAUGCUGUCCCAUCUGUAUAGAUGUGGAGCUGCUGUCGGUGGAGAGCACUAAAGCGAGCUGCUGGGUGGAUCACAGACUGCGUGCGCACGAGGAGCAGUGGAAGGAGGACGACUGCACCUUCUGUCAGUGUGUGGACGGAGAGCCGCACUGCACCGCCAUGGCCUGCAAACAGAGCUGCCAGAACCCCGUCAAGAUCCCUGGAGAGUGCUGCCCCUUCUGUGAGGAGCCAUCAUAUGAGACGGUGAGCCCACUGCUCUGCCCACCGUUGGAAAACUGUUCUCUCUCUGGGCAUGACUGCCCAUUCGGCUUCCAGCAAGACCCCAGCGGCUGUCUGCUGUGCCAGUGUGUCAGCAAUGAAACCUGUCCUGAUGUGUCCACGCACUGCUCUCUGGAGUGUCCCAUGGGUUAUGAGAAAGACAGCUAUGGUUGUGAAGUGUGUGAAUGUAGUGUAACCGCACCAAAGUGUCAUCCCAUGACAUGCAGCAAGACAUGCCCUUAUGGAUACAUGAGGAACAAGCACGGCUGUGAGAUGUGCCGCUGCGUCCGGUGUCCGCCGUUCAGCUGCGACAAACACUGCAGCGACGGCUACAGGAAGAGCAGGAAGGGCUGCAGCGUCUGCGAGUGUAAAGACGCAGACAGACGUGUUUCCAGCACCAGCGCCUCCGUCACCAUCUCCUCCAGCUUCUGUCUGACGGCGAGCGGCCGGCGUUUCCAGGAGGGAGAGGGAUGGCACGACGGCUGCAGAGACUGUUUCUGUCACGCGGGGCGAGAGAUGUGUGUGCUGAUCACCUGCCCUGUGCCCACCUGUGCCCACCCUGUGCUCCGAGACCACCAGUGCUGCCCCAGCUGUGACGACGAGUCGGGCAGCGGGCAGCCGGAGGCUCUGGAUCUGCUGGUGUGUCGCGCUCCGGCCGGAGAGCUGUAUGUGGAGGGAGAGACGUGGCGUCUGGACGAGUGCAGCAGCUGUACGUGUCGACAGGGAAGAGUGCUGUGUGACUCUGAGUCCUGUCCUCCGCUUCUGUGUCACACACCUGUCCGGAGCAGAGACAGCUGCUGCUACACCUGUACAGACGUUCUGGAGCCGCCGCGUGCCGUCAACAGCAGUCAUCAGGAGUUCUGCGUCUCCAGCGCUGGAGAAAUCCUGCGCAGCGGCGACUCGUGGAAACCUAACGCCUGCAGCAGCUGCGUCUGUCGUGACGGGAAAAUCCGCUGCUUCUCACAGCAGUGUCCACUCGCCGACUGCAGGGUCCCUGUGCUGCGCAAGGGCCAGUGCUGCCCGCAAUGCAUGCUGGAGAUAACGAGCUCGUCAGCGCCGGUAAUGCUGUCGACGGCCGUCACCGAGGGCUGGACCACCGCCGUUCCUUCGCUGCACAGCGUCACACAUGGUGACGGUCUCUCGCGGGACGUCCCGAGUCAGACGGAGAUGACGCUCAUCUACCAAUCAGCGGCCUGGAUCCUGGCGGGCAUCCUGCUGGCUGUGGUCAUCUUCCUCCUGGUGGCCGUCCUGGUGAACCGCAGGAAGAACUGUGUUCAGAUGUCCUGCUACGGCGCACCGAAGAAGACGGUGAUCUUGCAGAAGCACGAGAACAAGAGUUCACUCGUCUACAUGGAGCCGUCCAGAGAAGGUCAGUUCCAGAGCGUGAAGAGCGGAGAGCGAAGCAACGGACAGGUCCAGCGCUAGCAUCGUCGUACUGUCCUCACCUCCUGCUUUAUUUGGUGUUUCUAUGAUGUUCGGUCGUCAUAAAACAGUUUGUCGGACGAGGAGCUCCGGGUCAUUCCAUGACGCAGAAACAAAGCAAGCGGACCUUCUGACUGUUCAGAGACCAGAGAAAAGAGACUGUCGUCGUAUUCUGAGGCCUUACGGCACAGACGUGUUUCCUGACCUCUCAGUCUGUUUAUUCCUUUCUGUACAUUCAAGUGUUUUACGUGUAGUUUGUUGCUGGAUGAACAUUGCUGUGUGUUCAUAACGAACUGAACUGCAAGAGCUUCAGAUCCACUCAAGCCCUCCGUUCCAAACCCUAGUGAGUCGUCUAACUAGACAGCAUCUGCAGGCAUCAUCAGUCUUCACUGUACAAAAUGAUCACACUGUUUCCAUCCAUAACACACUUACAAACAAACAGAUAUAUAUUUAUAAAUUAAAUAUUAAAUACAUUGCUAUACAUAU